AUGCAAUAUGGCAGACAGAAACCUCUGGGAUAUCGAUGGCGCUCCUCAAAUUUCUUCAUCCUAACCUGCGUUACAAUAGCGCUGUUCUCGGAAAAUUUCUUAUACAGUUUUAUCAUCCCCAUUUUACAACUCAUGCUUGAGGACCGUCUUCGGCUCGACCCAACAAAAACACAAACCACUACAUCGGCUUUACUUUCGACCCACGCCUUGGUGUGCUUCGUAUCAGGGCCGUUCAUCGGUAAUUUGGCCGACAAAAUUCCCUCCCGAAAGGGACCAUUACUAGUCUCAUUGGGAGGAGAGAUUGUGGGAACAAUUAUUAUUGCGGCUGCACCAUCACUGCCGGUGCUAUUUUUCGGGCGUGUCAUUCAGGGCAUCUUCGGUAAUGCAGUAUGGAUAAUUGGCUAUGCAACGAUUGCCGACACUGUGGGAUCUGACAAUAGGUCUCGAGCGAUAUCCACGAUAUCUGCGUUCUUCAUCUCCGGGCUAUUGGUUGGUCCUAUGGAAACGGGGACACUAAUUGGUCUCAUUGGAUACUGGCCAACAUGGCUGACCGCAAUCCUCGUUUUGGUCAUUGAUAUGAUCAUGCGGGUGAUCAUGAUCGAAAGUCCUAUGAAAGGAGUCGACGAUGCAGAGUACCUAGCGCCUGAGGUUAUCGCAUCGGAUGAGACUUCCGCUCUUAUUCCUCCAUCUGCGAAUGGCGACCGUGAGCCAGGAUAUCACACAAAGCAGGACGAAGCACUACCCUCGCAUCCCAUCGAAUCCCCAGCUCUAAACUUUUACAGGGUUAUUCUCAGUCACCCUCGGGCUCUCACUGCCAUGGCCUGCCAUGCUACGAAUGGGCUUACAUUGGUUGCCAUAGACACCACCUUGCCAUUGCAUGUCACCCGAGCCUUUGGCUGGGACACUUCCCGAGUGUGA